UUCAGUGUGUGAAAUUUCAAUUUUGUUUUUAAUCUCAAACUUCGAAAAAGUAAGAGAGAGAUAGAUGGAGCGACAGCCAUCUUCACCAGGAUCAUCGCCGGUUGAGCUAGGAGACUGCCUAGAAGAGCUGCUCCAGUUCACUCUCCAAUCUCACAUCGAUGGAACCCUGGAGCAUGAUCUAGGGUUGCACACAGACUUCUGCUCCCACCUCCUGAAUCACAAUCUUCCUCCACCCAAUUUGGAUCGCACUGGGGCUUGUGAAAUUCUUCUCUUCACACUCGAUGUAUCAAAUUCUCUAUCAGAUGUCUCCAGAUUGUAUAAGGAUCUAGUGUCCUCACUUCGGAAGUCAGUCUCGAAACCAUCAUGUGGGUCACUAGAUGACUUGGAGGACAAAGAAGAAUGUAAUGAGUUGAUUGCUCAAGGAGGAGCGGAAUUAGUAAAUGUUCUAAAGACAGUAAACUUUGAGCUUCAUGUUCAUGAGCCUUUCUUUACUCAGCUAAGAGAUGGCCUAAAGAGAGUGGAAGGAAGAUGUGCUGCUGGGGAUUACAAUCGAAUUCAGCCUGGAGCGUUGAUACUUUUCAAUAAAUGUUUGUUGUUUGAGGUUCAGGAUGUACGUCAAUACCCCUCCUUUUCUGCAAUGUUGAAAGCAGAGAGUCUUGAUAAAGUUCUUCCUGGGAUAAAAACCUUAGCAGAUGGUAUCCAAAUAUACAGGAAGUUCUACUCUGAAGAGAAAGAAGUGUCCAACGGUGUUCUUGGGAUUCAUGUAAAAAAAUCUGUUGCCCAGCCAUACGUUGUUUUGUCCAGAAUUAUAUCUGCUUAUUUUGGUCGUUCGACGAAGAUUUAAAGUGCAAAAUAAGCUUCUCCUUUGAUGUGCAAUGUCAAAUGCAAGCUACUCAAACACAUUGCUAUGGGAGGAGAUCAAAAUCUACUAAAUGCCUAACCAACUGACUUUUCGUAGUCAAGUCGAGGUGUCUGUUUAGUACCGACGGAAAUCCUUCUAUCGUGUUAGGAAUGGAUCUACCAAUCGAUAACAAAAGGCUAUAAAAUCAACAAAAUCUUAUUGUAUGCAAGUAUGCAAUUUCACCAUAGUUCUACUUAAACGCCAUCUCCGUCUAAGCUCUAACUCAAGCAUCAAACUGUAUUGAAAUACCAAGCACCAUGAUGGUUGGAAUUCUAGUAAACUUGAGUAGAGUAGAAAUAUUUGUGUUCCUCAGUCCUUGAAGGUCUCAAUGAGGAAGGGGAAAAGGACAUUUAUUCCCAACAAGAUGCCUUGGGGCCAUUUAUCUUCUUUUUUUUUUUUUUUUGGAAAUAUAGAUAAUCGGAAUCUUUAAAUGCAUCGAUCAUAAAUGUCCAACAUCUUUAAAUAA